CUUGAGUGAAUGUGUUGUUAGUAUUGAGCUACUUUCUGGAAUCUGAAUUCUUUUUUUAUCUUUAGAACUCUAAUUAUUGUUUUCACUUGUUCAUAGAUUUUAAGGGAGAAAAAUAUUUGUUCAUUGGUUUAUUCACAUAGGAGAAAAAGAUAGGAAUGUAGUGGGACCCAUAAACUAAUAGUUUCACAAAAUAUUCAACUCAAUUGGUAAAAUUUUAAUUUUGAGGAACUAUAAAUUUAACAUGAUUUUUUUUUGGGAAAAUUGGAAAUAUGGAAUAAAAAGACAAGUAGAUUGUCCCUUUGUCAUAAUAUGAAUUAUAAGUUGUCCUAAUGCCAUAAUGUUUUCUGUAAACCCAAUUAAACCCCUAAUCUAAUCUUUUAAACGUUUUUGUUAAUUUAAUUAUGUUAAUAAAAUAUUAUUAUUAUUUUUAAUUAAUUUAAUUAUUAAAAAAAAAUAUAUACAAAAGGGAAAAAAUCGACUAAAAUUUCCCCCAAGCUCGAUGAACCCUAAUUGUUGUCUCCUCCUUUGGCGAUAGAGAGAAAGGACGAUUUGAAGGGGAUCUCGCCGUCGCCGGUGUCGUUUUGGCCGGUAAUACUCCGCCGGUGUUCUUCUUCUUCUUAAUCGAAGUCUCAGAGACCUCGUCUCACUUGGCGACUCGUUCUCAAUUAAGUCGCCGAAGACCGCUGAAGCUCGUACCUCGCCGAUAACUGAACUCGUGCCUCACCGCUCCGCUCUCACUCUCUCAGCCAUAGUUUCAAGCAAACCAAUCGAUUCUCCUCAGGUUUGUUUAUGAAUUUUUUGCAUGUCUUUGUAUCUCUUACUUGAGCUUGUUUAAGAUCGAUUUUGAAUGUCAUAAGUUUCGAUUCUUUUUUCUGUGAAUUAUUAUUUAGGCUUCAAUCUUAUCAAAAUUUCCUACUUUUUUGAGCUUUGGUUAAUUUGUUUUUGUAGCAACCGAUCUCUAGUAACUCUUGUUUUAUCUUGUGAAUUAUAUUAUGAUGCAUGCGUUUAUAAAUAUUGACUGUAGUGAUUGUGUUUCUUGCAUUGUUUAUAGGUAUGACGAUUGAUCAGUUGCCUAAAUGCUUAUUCAAAGAGGGAACUGAAACACAAGUUGAGAAGGUCAACAACAGUUGUCGAACUUCCAUACUUGCGAAGGUGGCGAAGUACUGUCCAGACGAGUACAAAGAAGUGUCGGAGGAUCCGCUAUUUGCUCAGAUUGUGGCCAUUCAUGUACACAAGCUUCAGUUUUCGGCAAGAGCGAUCCACACCUUCGUUUGCAAGCAGCUUCUGUCCGCAAAGCGUUAUGAGUUGUGGUUCCAUUAUGCUAGGAGGCCUCUCAGAUUUUCAAUGCAAGAAUUCUAUGCCAUCACAGGUUUGAAAUACAAUGACGAGCCCGACUUGGAGAUUGAUGACUGGGAAUAUGAUGGAGGGUUUUGGAGUAAGUUGCUAAGGAGACAGAAAAAUAUUUCGGUUCAGCAAAUCAGGAAGGUUCAUGUGAAGUUGUGUAAUACAUGGUCUCGUGUUGAUAGGCUGCGGUUGGUCUAUUUGUGUGUGAUUGCUGGUAUUCUUAUGGCGAAGGAUGAGAAGGUGUGGAUCCCAUACAAGUACAUCAAGCUCGUGAUGAACUUCGAGAAGAUGAGGAAAUAUCCGUGGGGUCUUCACUCUUUUGAUAUGCUGGUGAGUUCCAUUAUCAACGCUAGGGAUAAAGUGAAGACGCAAAACAGUUAUGUCGUAGAUGGAUUCUCGUAUGCACUUCAGAUUUGGUUGAUGGAAGCUGUUCCGGACAUUGGGUCUCUUUUGGGUCAGAAACUGAGAGAAGGCGUGAAAACCAUGAGGUGCAGAAAUUGGAAAGGAUCUGCUAAGAUUUCCUAUGAGGAUAUUAUUACCAUAGAGUCUAAUUUUGCUUCCACCGGAGAUGUGUUUCCAUCCAUUUCUACAUCUGGAAAUUUCAAAGACGUGAUUACUGAUGCCGAGUUUGUUCGAGUCUGUGAGAUGAAGGAUGAAAGAGUUGAUCUAAUCAUUGACAUGCAGCGAAACAAGUAUGACUGGAGUAAGCAUGUUUGGGCUUAUAAGGAAACAGUGAAACCAUUUCAGUACAGUUCUGAGGAAGAUGGUUCAGAUGAGGAAGCGGCUGUAGAGACAAGUGAAACUGAAAUUGAAGAAGAAAUAGAAAGCACCCGUGUGUCUCCUACUAAGAAGAGGAAGAACAGGUUUCGGGAUACUGGUGCGGAGUCGAGGAAGAAGAGGUUACUUUGCCAAAGAUCAACCGAGAAAUAUAGAGAUCUUGAAGAGGAAAUGAAGUCCUAUAUCCAGAGUAUGUUUAACUCUUCUUUUACUGCCUUAGGCCUCGAGGUACGCGAGAUUAUUGAAGACCGCUUUACCAAAUUAGAGGAGAAGAUCCUUUCAUCUCAGACUCAGGGUGGUGCACCUGCUAAUACUCAGACUCGUGGUACUGAUCCGUUUUGGACUCCUUCUGCUGCUGCUGCUGGUGCUGCUGCUGCUGCCACUGCUCCGGCUUCGGUUUCUGGUCGUCCUCCUGCUCCUACUCGGGCUUCUACUGAAGCUCCUGCUUCGGUUUCUACUCCAGGUCUUGCUCCUUCUCGCAGUGCGGCUUCUGCUCCUUAUCGCAGUCGAGCUUCUGCGACUGCUCACAAUGGUGGUCCUGCGAAUGCUGCGAAGACAAGGUCUCAGACAAAGGUAAACAAGAAGUAGAUCAUUUUUCAUGUCUUCGGUUGCUGUUAUAUUUUCAUGUCUUUGGUUGCUUUUCUUUUUCAUGUACUCGGUUUGCGGUUUGUAAUAUUAUUUUAAGAAUGAUGUUGUCUUUGCUGUGUGUAAUAAUUAUGUAAGGAUGAUGUUUUGGAUCAUUUGUGUGAUAUCAUUAUAAGGAUGGAAUCUUUCUUUAAAAAAUA